AUGGACGACGAGACGCUCCGACUGGUCCUCGAGCUUCAGCAAGACGACCUCCGAGAACUUCAGCAGAUAGGCAACGUCGAACCAAGCGAUGAUCAGCUAGCUUUGAACUUAUACCGGGAGGAACUGGUAUCUCUCGCAACGGUCAUCUCAGACCGAGCUGUGUCGCGCCGUAUCAUUGAGGAGGAGGCCGGGGAGGCUGAAGAUGAAGAGCCUGCCGGCGAAGCAGUUGUACCUAUCGACGAAUCAGUUUUACCUGUAGACGGAGCAGUCACGCAGGCGUGCCAGCCUGCGAUAAUAGCCGAAUGCGUGAUUUGCCUAGACUUACACGAUCCGCGCGAACUAUACGAAAGUCAUGGUUGUCAGCACAUGUACUGCUCCAAUUGUCUCCGCGAUCUCUUUGAGAGAUCCAUCAACGAUGAGGCUCUGUUCCCUCCUCGAUGCUGUGGCCACAACAUCCCCAUCGACGACAUGUCCGAUAACACCUUCUUUGACCAGUUCGAAAAGACCUUCCGCGCCAAGCUGGUCGAGUACUCGACGGUGGAUCGAACCUACUGCCACAUUCUCACCUGCGCUGCAUUUAUCCCGCCCGCUACUAUUCAUGGAGAUAUUGGCAUUUGUCCCGAGUGCCAGGCCAGAGUCUGCGCUCUAUGCAAGGGCCUUGAGCACCAGGACCAUGCUUGCACCAAGGAUCCUGCUACGCAAGAGGUUCUCCAGCUGGCCACCGAGAAUAACUGGAAGCGAUGCCCGUCUUGCCAAGCUGUUGUUGAAUUGGGUGUCGGCUGCUACCAUAUCACCUGCCGCUGCAAGGAUCAAUUCUGUUAUCUCUGCCUUGCAAAGUGGAAGAGUUGUGAGUGCCCUGCUUGGAAUGAAGCCCGACUCAUCAACCCCGGCGAGGGAAGAGUUGCCAGAGACGCGCAAGCCCACAACAUCGCCCCAGAGCAGCGUCCGGUGGCCGUGCAGCUCAACCGGUGCAACCAUCUCUUUUGGAGAAGCAUCGACCUUGACGGCAACACCGCGGACCAGAGCGUGUGUGGCACUUGCAGGGAGGAGAUGCCUCUCUUCAUCUACCAGUGCGACGGGUGCUUGAUCAUGGCUUGUCGCCGGUGCCGGUACAACCGUUUCCGCUAA